AUGGAGAAAAUCACCGACAAGAUCGCCGCUCUGCCGGCCGAUUCCAAUUACUUCUCGCUCGAAUUCUUCCCGCCCAAGACGGACAUGGGCUUCUCCAAUCUGCGCGAUCGUCUCGACCGCAUGGCACGAGCCCUACGACCAAUGUUCGUGAACGUGACGUGGGGUGCGGGAGGAUCGACUGCUACCAAGUCUCUCCAGCUUGCCGAGAUAUGCCAGCGAGAGCUCAACUUGACAACAUGCCUCCACCUGACGUGUACGAAUAUGAGCCGCAAGAUGAUCGACGGGGCGUUGGAAGAUGCCAAGGCGCUCGGAAUCCGAAACAUUCUCGCUCUACGAGGCGAUCCUCCACGAGCGGCAGAAUAUCAAGACCCAAACGAAGACCCGGAGAACGCCAUUGAUGAAGGUUUCGUGUGGGCCAUUGAUUUGGUGCAAUACAUCAAGAAGCACUACGGAGACUAUUUCUGCAUCGGCGUGGCCGCAUAUCCCGAGGGUCAUGCCGAUGAGAGCCACCCUCAGGGCCAGAGUCUAGAGCAUGACCUACCUUAUCUGGUCGAAAAGGUCCAGGCAGGAGCAGACUUCAUCAUGACUCAGCUGUUCUUCGAUACGGAUGCCUACGACAAAUUUGAACAGACGCUGAGAGAGCAUCCCAGUGGUGCUUUUACGGCGGUCCCGAUCAUACCCGGCCUUAUGCCGAUACAGAGCUAUCAAAUGAUCAAAAGGACGACAAAGCUCAGCCAUGCUAAGAUACCGGAGUCCCUGAUGGCCCGUUUGGAUUCGGUCAAGAAAGAUGACGAGAAAGUCAAGAGCGUCGGUGUGGACAUUGUUAGUGAGAUUGUUGACAAGGUCAAGCAGAUCAAGAGCAGAACCCCAGGUCCGAGGGGCUUCCAUUUCUACACCUUGAAUCUGGAAAAGGCUGUCUCGUUCAUCGUCGAACGAACUGGGCUUAUCCCACCAGCAACAUCUGAGGAUCUGCCGGAAGAGGCCGUUGUCGACGAACUCAUCUCUGUGCCUACUCUACAAGUCAACGGUUCAGACCACAAUACACCUGUGGCCUCGCUGAGACGUAGCUCGCGGAGAGAAUCGUCGAUUGGCUCGGACCCUCGUAAUCGAGUUAUCGUGAGCGACCGGCCCUUGUCGCAUCCUGAGUACGAGACCAGUGCCAGGGACGCGAGCGUGCCAGCGGAACUAAUCAACACGAGAGCCAACACCCUCGCUAUUUCCGAAGGCGAAGGAGUUCUAGGGCGGGAGGCGACUUGGGACGACUUCCCCAACGGUAGAUGGGGUGAUGCAAGGUCCCCGGCUUACGGUGAAAUUGAUGGAUAUGGCCCAACUCUACACGUGACGAACGCACAGGCGCUUACCCUCUGGGGAAACCCUACAAAGAGGGAGGACAUCAGCAAUCUGUUUGUAAAACAUCUACGGGGAGAGCUGUCGGCCAUACCGUGGAGUGAAGAGGACCUGAACGCCGAGACGAGUACGAUUGUCCCGCAACUUCUACAGCUCAACUCCAAGGGCUGGUGGACGGUGGCAUCUCAGCCAGCUGUGAACGGUCUGCGGUCAUCCGAUCCCACCUUUGGAUGGGGCCCUCAGUCAGGGUUUGUGUUCCAAAAAGGAUUUGUGGAAUUCUUCAUCCCCUCAGCAGAGUGGAAGACCCUGCUCGAGAAGCUUCAGAGCUCAGAAGUCCAGGAUACCGUUUGCUUCUUUGCUGCUAAUGCGGCCGGGGACUUCGUGUCAUCUGACAUGACCGGUGGGAUCGAUGGCGAGGUGCAGCAACCGAGCACCAACGCCGUGACUUGGGGUGUAUUCCCCAGGAAGGAGAUCGUCACGCCCACCAUCAUUGAGGAAAUGAGCUUCAUAGCGUGGAGCGAGGAGGCGUUCGGCAUCUUUGCCGAGUGGGCAAAGGUUUAUGGAAAGGGCUCGGACAGCGCCAAGCUGCUCGAAAGUACGAGACGGGACUGCUGGCUUGUCAACAUCAUUCAUCACGACUAUGUCGACAAGGAUGCGCUCUGGAAUCUGCUGCUCAACUAG